UGUAAUAAAAGUAUAAUGAGCCCUGCCCAGCGCUGCCCACCCAGUGCCUCUCCCCAUCAAGAGGCCCGGCCCCCUUUGCUCUUGCCCCUCACUCCAUGCCGAAGUGCUGCCAGCAUAUCGGACAAACUGCCCUACAAAGUCGCUGACACCAGCCUGGCCUCCUGGGGAAGAAAGGCCCUGGACAUCGCGGAGAAUGAAAUGCCAGGCCUGAUGCGCAUGCGGGAGAUGUACUCAGCCUCCAAGCCACUAAAGGGCUCCCGCAUGGCUGGAUGCCUGCACAUGACUGUGGAGACAGCUGUCCUCAUUGAGACACUCGUUGCCCUGGGUGCUGAGGUACAGUGGUCCAGCUGUAACAUCUUCUCCACCCAGGACCAUGCAGCAGCUGCCAUUGCCAAGGCUGGCAUUCCAGUGUAUGCCUGGAAGGGUGAAACAGAUGAGGAGUACCUGUGGUGCACUGAGCAAACCCUGUACUUCAAGGAUGGGCCCCUCAAUAUGAUUCUGGACGAUGGCGGUGACCUCACCAACCUAAUUCACACCUAGUACCUGCAGCUUCUCUCAGGCAUCCGAGGCAUCUCCAAGGAGACCACAACUGGGGUCCACAACCUAUAUAAGAUGACGGCCAAUGGGAUCCUGAAGGUGCCUGCCAUCAAUGUCAAUGACUCGGUCACCAAGAGCAAGUUUGACAACCUCUGUGGCUGCCAGGAGUCCCUCAUAGAUGGCAUCAAGCGAGCCACAGAUGUGAUGAUUGCGGGCAAGGUGGCAGUGGUGGCAGGCUAUGGUGAUGUGGGCAAGGGCUGUGCCCAGGCCCUGAGAGGUUUCGGGGCUCGUGUCAUCAUCACCGAGAUUGACCCCAUUAAUGCGCUGCAGGCUGCCAUGGAAGGCUAUGAGGUGAUCACUAUGGAUGAGGCCUGUCAGGAGGGCAACAUCUUUGUCACCACCACAGGUUGUAUCGACAUCAUUCUUGGCCGGCACUCUGAGCAGAUGAAGGAUGAUGCCAUCGUGUGUAAUAUCGGGCACUUUGAUGUGGAGUUUGAUGUCAAGUGGCUCAACGAGAAUGCUGUGGGGAAGGUGAACAUAAAGCCUCAGGUGGACCGCUAUCAGCUGAAGAAUGGACACUGCAUCAUCCUGCUGGCCGAGGGGCGGCUGGUCAAUCUGGGCUGCGCCAUGGGUCACCCCAGCUUUGUGAUGAGCAACUCCUUCACCAACCAGGUGCUGGCACAGAUUGAACUGUGGACCCACCCAGAUAAGUACGCCAUCAGGGUCCACUUUCUGCCUAAAAAGCUGGAUGAGGCAGUGGCUGAAGCCCACCUGGGCAAGGUGAACGUGAAGCUGACCAAGCUGACUGAGAAGCAGGCCCAAUACCUGGGGAUGCCCUCCGAUGGCCCCUUCAAGCCUGAUCACUACCGCUACCAAAAGCCAGGCCUGCCCCUCGCCUUCCAACUGGCAUCCCUGCCCAGGCCCCAAAAACAACUGGCACUAACUUUGAGAUUGGUUUGUCAUUGUUCCCCGUGAUCACUCCCUAGAGCUGGUCACUCAGCCUUUGGUCCCCACUGCAUCCCUUGUGCUGUUCCAGGU